AUCACUACGAAUUUUUAGACAACGUUCCGUAUCUUUCCUAGAUAUAGUGGUCCCGAAGGGUAUAUAAACGGCGUUUUCGUCACCAGACCACUGUGCAGCCCUACCACAGCUCCCUCAUCCCCACUCAGUUUUUUUCUUUCUUUUUAUCCUCUACUCAAUUCAAUGUCUGGUCAGAAGUCCUCUAAACCGACAGAUGCAUCUGCAUUCUUUGUGGACUUCAUGAUGGGAGGAACUGCUGCUGCGAUAUCGAAAACAGCAGCAGCACCCAUCGAACGUGUCAAGCUUCUCAUACAGAACCAAGGAGCUAUGAUCGCUGCAGGAAGGCUGGACCGUCCCUAUGGCGGAAUAACGGAAUGUUUUAGACGGACUUUGGCGGAAGAAGGUGGCAAGAGCUUUUGGCGAGGCAACGGGACCAACGUCCUUAGAUAUUUCCCGACCCAGGCUUUGAACUUUGCUUUCAAGGAUAGUUUCAAGAAGAUGUUUGGAUUUAAGAAAGCUGAAGGUUUCGGCCUCUGGGUAUUUGGUAAUAUUGCAAGCGGAGCUGCUGCGGGAGCUUCAUCCUCUGUCUUUGUUUACUCUCUUGACUACGCCCGCACACGUCUUUCUGCCGAUGGCAAAAGUUCGUCCAAGGGUGGUCAGCGUCAGUUUACGGGCCUCGUUGAUGUGUACAAGCAGACGCUUAAGUCAGACGGCAUCGCGGGUUUAUACAGAGGCUUUGUUCCCAGUGUAGUCGGAAUCUGUGUAUACAGAGGACUAUAUUUCGGUGGGUAUGAUACAGUGAAGGAUACCGUGCUCGUUGGGCCUCUCCAAGGCAAUUUCUUGGCUUCAUUCGCUGUAGGAUGGGUUUGCACUACCGGAGCUGCAAUAGCUGCUUAUCCUCUGGAUACAAUUCGUAGAAGGAUGAUGAUGACAUCUGGCGAAAAGGUUCGCUACAAAUCCUUCAUUGACGCUGGUAGGCAAAUUGUCGCCAAAGAAGGUGUAAAAUCGCUCUUCGGAGGAGCUGGAGCGAACGUCUUACGUGGUGUUGCCGGUGCUGGUGUGUUGUCACUUUAUGACAAGUUCCAAGAACUUGCAUGGGGAAAAGUAUAUACAGCAGGAUCUGGGUGAUCACAUCCUUCAUUUACGAUGGCCUACUGGUCAUGGCAGUCGUGAUGCCUUAAGGGUAUCCACUGAGUAGAUUGUAAUCAUUUUUAGGAUUACUUCAGAUAACUUAUUGCUACAAUAUAUUAAUACACUUCGCAGUCCGUUUUCCUAAGUCUGUCCCCAACAGCCUUGAGGAGUGGAGGUGGGUGUAAGUCGACAUCAAUACGUCUUCAUUGUAUGAUGGUCACGAGGAGGGAAGACCGUUACAACACUGUUCCCGUGUCAUGAAGGUGAUGAAUGGCCAUCAUACGGAAUACAUUCAGAGCUCGAUCGUCUCUUUAUGUUUGAAUUUUCUUCCAGCACGCUCUGCAGAACGGAACCUAAACUGAUUACCGUAAAGCUCGAAUUCAAUAUGGACACUGUCGAGUACUGUCUUCAAAUCCUGCGACGAAGAGUCAGGCGUUGAUGCUGACGUCGACGAUUGAGUUGAAAUUGAAGGAGGGGAUACUGAGUAUAGGGGGACGGCGAAUGCAAAAACAGAAUUUUGCUUUGGUAUGA